GGCACCGACGCGGCUUAAGUUUAUAUAAACAAGGAACAGAAACAGGACGCACUCCGACACCGUUCUCGGAAGCGCGAAUUCACUCUGAUGCCUUGAUACAAUCCCAAGCAAUCCACAGAGUUGGUUUGUGUGCCAAUUGUGACCCAUUGACGUCAUUAUCACGGUUUUCAUCAUUGUAGUAUUAUGGAGAUGGAAGGUACAGAUGUUUGUAUGGACAAAGAGCCAGAUCGUGUCAUAACAUAUUCCUCUGGAGUAGUUUCCCAUGAUUCUUCUUGUGAAGAUAGCCUCAAUCAUCAAGAUGUUGUGGAGUCGUUUGGCGAAAUAAAUGGGCAUCAUGAUAUCCACAAUUCAGAAGAGGGAAGCGAAGCAAAGGAAUAUGAAGUGAAGGAAUGCACAAAUGAAAAAUCAAUCAAGGUUCCUGAACUUCCUCUUACAGAAAAAUCUGACCAGCAGCAAAGUGUGAUCAGCUUGAAUAAUGAGAAAGAGAGACUGGACGAGAAGGUGGUACUAGAAGGAAAGAAUGCUCAUCAAUCUAUGUUAACUGUGAACUCAUUGAAAUCUUCUGCUGGAAAUGCUCGAACAAGACACACUGUUCCACAGCCAUUUGCCUUGGCAACAGAAAGGCGUGCUUCAUCUGGUACUCGACCUCCCAAUGCUAUCGUGGCUGAAAAAUCUAUCAAACACAGUGUUCAGCCUGCAAAGACCAAAUCCAAUCAGCCUGCAUCACCUAGAGCGCUGAGGAAGCCACUGCAACCUAAUAACAAGAAGCAUGCUGAUGAGGAAGAUUCCUGCUCGGUGGUUUCCAUCAGUGCCGCAGCAUCUCGGGCUAUUAAGACAAGAACUACUGUUGCUUCAGCUCCUACAUUUAGAUGCACAAAGCGUGCCGAGAAAAGGAAGGAGUUUAACUCGAAAUUGGAGGAAAAACUUCAAGCUCUGGUGGCUGAGAAGACCGAGUGUGAGACAAGGUCCAAGGAAGAGACUGAGGCCGCUAUCAAACAACUAAGAAAGAGUUUGUUAUUCAAAGCAAAUCCAAUGCCAAGCUUCUACCACGAUGGGCCUCCUCCCAAGGUUGAGCUGAAAAAGCUCCCACCAACUCGUGCGAAGUCACCUAAACUUGGCAGACGUAAGAGUUGCAAUGAUGCAGUUCAUUCAUCCUAUGGAGACAAGAUAAAAGUCAGUUGCGGCAAGGGAAAUGGUCGUCAUACAGACAGCUACAACAGAGAUAUCAUCGCACUGGAUGUCAUCGAGAAUCGAAGCAAUGUCAUUUGCUUUGUAGAGAACAAUCUGAAGCAAGAAGGAGCUUUUCACGAGGUGAUUCCUAUUGAUGUAAAUGGUUCAAAGAAUAUGAAUAUUUCUGUCCAAUCUUGAGUUUGUGACCAACUUCCAACUCGCUUCUAUCAUGCCUACUACGUCUCGCAUUUUCAAGAGUUCAUUGCAGUGGUUUAUGUAAUUUAUGAAAUGUAAAUUUCUGUAAUUUAUAUCGUUUGUUUAUGCGGAAGCAUUUUACUUCCGGACAAAAUACUUAUCUUAUAAUGGCCCUCCCACUGAAAGAAAAAAAGGAAAACAGAGAGAAAGAGAUCUACUAAGAUGUGGUUCGAGCUAUUGUUUCCUUUGUUACUUUUGUACGUAAAUUAUAGAUUGACCAUUCUUGUUUUGUAGACUUCAAUGUGAAAUUAAAAUGGAUGUUCUUCCAGUGAUUUAUUGCU